AUGAUCAUUCAUGGCUCUAGAUUGAAUAGACAAGCUAAGGUGCCAGAUAUUGUUGAGGGUGAUGAUUGGAGAUGGCCAUUAGCUUGUUCCCCAGCGUUGUUUGAAUUGAUGCAAAGUACGCUUGAUACUUUUCGGCCGGAUAGUACUAGAGAGGAUAUCUUGCGAUGGGUGGAAAAUGUGCACGGAGUAUUCUCUGUUCAGAGUGCUUGGGAGCCUCUUCGACUCCGUUGCCCUAGGGUGACCUGGCAUCAUAUUGUAUGGUUCCCUAAAUGUAUCACCCAUCAGGCUUUUAUCCUUUGGCUAGUUAUCCAAGACGGCCUUUAUACACAGUUAAAGCUUCUUCGAUUUGGUUUGUUACAGUCUAUGCAUUGUGUGCUAUGUGGUUGUUCGGUGAAGGAUUUAGAUCAUCUUUUUUUAUCUGUCCAUUUUCUGAGCGCGUUUGGCAUGCUAUGCAUGCUAAAUGUAACUUGCCUUGGGUUCGGCGGAGUUGGGCAGAAACUCUUUCUUGGAUGA